AUGGCAUCUGUCGUGCCGAGGUUUAUAGUCAUCGAAUCUUAUCAGGAUGUGGGUUACCUAAGUUAUAUUCAUGAAGGCGGAGAUGCUGAUGGGUUUAUGAGAUUCAUGAAACUUGAGGUUACGAGCCCUUAUGCAAAGUUCGAAGUGGAGAGUUCGAACACAGAGGGCUUGGUGCAUAUAAGAAGUUGUCAAAGCAACAAGUAUUGGCAACGAACCUCUCUUCCCUCCUUCCCUGCGGGAGCCUGGACCGCGACAACGUCAAAGGAGAAGGAGGAAGAUGAAUCAAAGGAGUCAUGCACAUUGCUCAAGUUUAUCUCCGUAGACCCUGCUGCAAACAAGUUCAGAAUCAUGCAUGUGCAAUCGGGAUGCUAUGUAUGCAAAUGGGGAUCGGAGGAUCAAAAGUUUGAUCAGGGCAUGUUAAUUAGCUACAAGGAGACCGAUUGGCAAGGCGCUGAUGUCUUCACAAUUAUUGAUUGGACUUCGUUAGUGAUUCUACCCAGGCAUGUUGCCUUCAAGGGAUGCAAUGACAAGUAUCUGUGCCUUUACAAAGUCACAUCUCCGUAUUUCGGAAGUGAUGACAUCGGCGAAUCGACCGUCGCAUGCGAGAUUAUCCCUGUCAAGGACGGAAAUAUUCGCAUCAAGUCCUCAAGUACCGGGCAAUUCUUUAGGUGUGACGCCAAGUGGAUCUGGGCAGAUACCUACGACACCGCCACCGACCAUGUCGACAGCUUGUUUCGCCCCGUCAAAAUCGACAAUGACAAGAUAGCCCUAAUCAGCUUGUGCACCAAUAAAUUCUGCAGGAUGCUAUCAGAAGAUGGAUUCGGUGAUGCUCUUGCUGCGGUUGAGCCCUCCGUUAUCAAAGAAGCCCAAAUCACGGUGGACGAGCCUGUCAUGACGAGGAAAAUUUAUGAUGUCAAAUAUGAUCUCGAUAAUUCCAGGAUUUACGACAAUGCAGUGAUCGUCGUGGCCCAGAAUUCCGCUAGCAACUUGACCGAGGAGCCCUCCACUCUGGACGUCAAGCUUACAUAUACAGAUACCAAGAGUAGUUCUUGGAAGUCUGCAUUUUCACUAACGUUGGGCAUGAAGACAUCGAUUAACCUCGAUGUUCCGGAAAUUUUCGAUGGGAACAUCGAAUUUUCCACUCAAGUUCAAUCAGGAGUCGAGUGGGGAAAGGUCUUCGAAUCGACCACUGAUCUCGAAGUCUCGCACAGCAUCGUCGUACCACCGAUGAGUAAGGUAACGGUUAAUCUAGUAGCAACCAAAGGUAUGUGCAAUGUUCCUUUCUCAUACAGGCAGAGCGACACUCUCUAUGAUGGGAGCACUGUCUUGACUGAAGUACAAGGUGGCACGUACUAUGGUUCUAAUUACUACGGCAUGAAAUUUGAGGACAAUCAGAGGAGAUACCUCCAGGGACCAAAAAGUAAUCUGAUAUAUAUACUCCAACAAGAAAGAUGGGUGUGUCUGCAUGUGUUGUCUUUGCUGGGGUUUGGUUUAUAA